AUGUCUAUUCAGAUCCAGCUCAUCAUAUUGAGCUAUUUAAUAUCUUUCGGAAAUCUUCAUAACUAUAACUUUAAUCUGAACACAUAUAAAAGAGACUUCAUCCCAAUGAACAAGACCUUUAAGUCAGCCCUCGUUGCAGUGGCCGAUGGCACGGAGGACAUCGAGUUCGUGACAUUGGUCGAUGUUUUGCGGAGAGCAGGAGUGUCAGUGGUGGUUGGAUCAGUGUCCGAGUCGCUGAAUCUGGUGAUGGCCCACGGCACUAAGAUAGUCGCAGACGACAAGGUGGCAAACCUGACGCAGAAAGUAUUUGACCUGAUAGCAGUUCCAGGAGGACUGGUGGGAGCGACCAACUUUUACAACUCGGCCGCCCUCAUCUCGAUGCUCAAGGAUCAAAAACAAAGCGGCAGGCUCUACGCGGCAAUUUGUGCAAGUCCCGCCCUUGUCCUUGGCGAUGCAGGAUUGCUAGAUGACCAUACAGGUGCUGUGUGUUUUCCUGGCUUCGAACACAAGCUAGUCAAAAGGGGACACGGAAGAGUCUACCACGAGAGGAACUGCGGCUACUACCAGAAUUUUAAAGAGAACAACGCCAUAAAGUCAAUGACACCUAAGUCGAAUACCAUGUCACUGCAACUUAGGUCUAGAGUACAUUCCUACCCUUUCCAAGGACGAAGAUAUGCUCGUUCGAUACAUAAAAGCCCUAAAGAAAGGUCAGAGUGUAAUAAUGAAGAAUAUGUGAAGAAACCAGUUCUUUUUGUGUAA